AUGAAUAAACGCUUUGACAAAACACCUUAUGAACUGUUAUAUGGAAGAAUUCCCACAGUUUCGUACUUUCGAGUAUUCGGGUGCAAGUGUUUCAUUCAUAACAAUGGGAAAGAUUAUUUGACCGCUUUUGAUGCUAAGGCAAAUGUUGGAAUCAUGUUGGGCUACUCUUCAGUCAGUAAGGCUUUUAGAGUGUACAAUAAUCGAACACAAACUGUUGAGGAAUCCUUUUAUGUUAUUUGUGAUGAAUCUUUUGCAAACAAUUAUAUUGAUCCCAUUAACAUUGCUAACAUAUUAGAAGCGACAAGUCUUGAAUCUUAUAGUGAAGAUGAAGUUCCUGUCAAAAGGAAUUGUUCGUUUGAUCAAGUGGAUGAUCCAAUUGAGAAUCAAUUAGAUGUUCAAACUUCUAGUCAACAGGUAGUUCGUGAAUUUUUCGAGACUGCAAGAUUCUUCAACAACAAAUUCAUCCGUGCAACUAUUCACGAUAAAAGUAUCUAUUUCAGCGAGGAAACAUUCGUUCUUUUCUUCAAGCUUCCAUUGGAAUGGAUAUCUGAGUUAUCUUCCUCCUCCGAUGAAAUUCUGUGUUAG